AUGGUACAAUGUUUGAAAAGAUCACUCUCUUCAUCUACGUUAAAUCAUGUUGUUAGAAGAAAAUCUAUAUCUGGUAUGAAUACAUUACAUCGUACUUAUUCUCAAAGUAGUGUAUAUAGUACACCGAUGAAUAUUUCUCAGAAUUUAAACAAUGAGUCCUUCCAAGAGUUCUAUUCAUAUUUAAAUGGUGAUGAAUAUUACAAGAAAGUUGGCUUAUUAUGGGAAAAUUUACCACAGGAGACAAGGGACAUUUUUAUCGCUAGAGUAAUGAGUAAGAAAUGUGUUCAAUCUAAAGGUCGAAAUUCAAUUGAUUGUUUAGAUGGAUUGAAAUAUGAUGUUGCUUCUGAAUUAUUUGAUGGUUGUAAGACCCCAACAAAGAAUAGUUAUCUUCAUUUUCAAGGGAAAUUAGCACCACAUUUCUAUGGAGUUGGUCAAGGUAAAUAUGAUGCAGCAACAGUUUCCAGGAUCAUUGGUAGGAUUUAUAAUCAGGAGUUAUCUCUUGACGACAAACGAAGAUUAAAGGAUGAAACAAUGGAGAUAUAUCGCAAUGUAGUUCGUGAAAGACUAUAUGGAGCCAAACAAUAUAUUGAAAUAAAUAACAUAAAAUCAAAAAAUGAUCCUUACCUUUCUACGGUUGAUACAUGGAGUGAAAAGAAGAUAGGACAACGUGUAGAAGAAAUAAAUUCAUUAAUUCGUAGGAUUGAAGCCAAACAAGAAACAUUAACAGAAAAGAAAAAGAAAAAGAAGAAAAGUAUUGUAAAUUCUAUUGGUAGACACUCAAAGAAACUUGUUAAGAUUUUAUCUAAAAAAAAUAUAGAUUCUUAA